AAGGGUGCGACUGAAUGAUUGUAAUAACAAAUUGUUGUUAUCAUUGGUUUAUUGUUGAAAAUCACUUGAAAUAUGAGUGAUGCAUAUGUGGUGACCGAACAGCCGCUGACGGCCACCAUUGCCGCCACUACUGAAUCGACAUCAAUAGGUGUAUCCAAUUCAGGGAUUGAUUUACUUAAUAAUUACGAAACAUUGAUUGUAAAGCAAGAGCGCGAUGUUAUCCCGACUUUUUGGGAAAAGAUAUUUUGUUUCGAUAGACUUAAUAAAUAUAAAAUCAAAGAUAUUAAUGGAAAAACAGUUAUGAAUGCUGUCGAAGAGGAAGAGGGUUGUUGUGCAGCCAAUUGUUGCCGAAGAGGAGGUAAGUUUGAGAUGAAGAUUAAAGAUAGCGGUGGCCAUGAAGUGGUUCACUUGAAAAUGAAGAAUCAAUGCUGUAAUCGUUGGUGUUGUUUCUGUUGUUGUACUUAUGAGAAACUGAAUGUCUAUACGGCAAGUGAUGGCAAAAUUGGAAGCAUUGAAGAGUCGUAUGAUUGUUGUCACAAACAGCUUAACAUAUACUCGGUGUCCAAAUCGGAUCCAAUUUAUACAGUCAAUGGACCCAAUUGUGAGUGUUUUCGGUGUUGUUGUGUGAAAACAACAUUUUCUAUUGAGAACGAGUCGGGAGAAGAAUGUGGAUCUAUUGUAAAGAAUUGGAGCGGUUUGGCUAAAGAAGCCAUCAAUUAUGUCGACAACUUUUGUAUUAAUUUUCCACUAAAUAUUGACUUAAAAGAAAAGGCUAUUCUUCUGGGCACUUGUAUUAUGAUUGAUUUUAUGUAUUAUGAAGAAAGUCCUAAAAAGGCAAAACACGAUGAAGAMUGA